GAUUUUCUACCAGUACAGAAUGGAGGAGUUGGUUUAUAUAGAGCUGAUGUCUCUCUCUUUCCUGAAGGCACGUUGGUGAAAAGUUACUAUAUCCUGGAUGCUGUUGUCUAUAGUAACCAUGGCAACUCAUCAAGCAAUCUCCUAACAAAAGCAUUGCUUGGUAGCUCUAGAGCGCAACAGAUCAAUUCUACUGCACUACGAAGAGGACUGAACACUAUUAAUAGAUGUUUAUCUGGUGCUGUACGAGAAUCCAGGCCAUUCACACGUGGCAUACCCACUCUGGGUUCACUUAAUGAUUGCUCAUUGAAUGAUAUCAGAAUUGUAAUUAAUGAAAUAAAUAUUAAUCAAUCUGAGAACAACAGUUUUAUCGAAAUUUACGAUGGCGGUGAGGGAAGUACACUACUUCCAUACAUUGUAGUGGUUCUAUAUGAUGGCAUCAGUAGCUCGUAUCUAUCUAUUGAUUUGGAUGGAUAUACCACUGACCUCAAUGGGUAUUUAUUGAUUGGUGUUACAGGUAUGCAGCCAGGUCCAUCUAUUGAAAUCAGUGAUGCUUUUCUGAAAGACAAAUCUGGAGCAAUUGCAAUAUACCGUGCUCCACCCAUGGCAUUCAGACCUGGUACAGUAGUCACCAAUGUUAGUUUAAUUCAUGCCUUGGUAUACAGCAGUGACAGUGACAUUGACCAGUCAUUAUUGAAUACACUGGCACCAGGACAGACUCCUAUAAUGAUAUCUGAAUACCAAAGUGAAUCUAUCUCAAGAUGUCUGUCCUAUAGUCCUUUGGAUAUGUUUGCAUACAGGAUAUCUAUGCCUACACCAGGCACUAACAAUAACUGCUCUUUACCUUUGGUUGUCAUCAAUGAAAUCUACAUCGACUUGUCUGGAUCUGGUAAGGAGCAAUUCAUUGAGUUAGCUGAUGGUGGAAAAGGGUGCACAGCGCUAGAUACAUUGAUAGUGGUACUAUUUAAUGGUCAAGAUGAUAGAGCAUACAAGACUAUAUCAUUACAGAACUAUAGAACUGAUAGCAAUGGUUAUUUCAUUCUUGGUACUCGUAAUGUGGAGGAAUCUGUUGACGUUGUCAUUGAUGAGUUAGUUCUGACCAAUAGCAUUGGAGCUGUUACCCUUUAUCAAACAAAUCCCGCAAGUUACCCUAAUGGGAUCAAACCAAAACCAGACAACUUAGUUGAUGCUGUGGUGUACAGUACGACAGAUAGUACAGAUUCCUACCUUUUGGAUGUUUUGUUGCCUGGGCAAAGUUAUAUUCAUGUCAAUGAUGACAGCAUCAGUCGUUGUAUUUGUUGUCCUGAACUACAAUCCUCAGCGUUCAGACUUGUCUGCCAGUCUCCUAGACAACCCAACAACUGUACUGAUAUUGUUUCCUCCCUGUCACCACUGCCACAACUAGACAUCACUUCUACCCAAGAACCAAAUACACCACAAGUCGUCAUCAAUGAACUAAACUCAAAUAAUCCUGGUACUGAUAAUAGAGAAUUUGUUGAACUGAAAGGACCAAUAAAUGCUGACAUCAGUGGUUUGGUUGUUGUCUUCUAUGAUGGCACAGUAGACCCAGCCAUUUCUUAUAAGACAAUUGAUUUAACAGGACAUAAUUUGGACAGUUUUGGAUUAUUUUUGAUUGGGUCUAGUAACAUGAGUCCUAGACCAGAUAUUUCAUUACCUGAUAAGGGAGGCCUUAUACACUACAGUGUUGCUGCAGUGGCCAUCUACAAAGGGGCAUCAAGUGAUUUUCCAGAUGAAACCCCAGUUACUGAUAGGAAUCUUCUGGAUGCUAUAGUUUACACUAAUGAUACUACAAAGACUAAUCGAAGAUUACUUGAUGUAUUAACACCAUAUCAAAGGAUAUUUGUAGAAGAUGACAACUGGCACUCGUCAGAUGAAGCUAUCAGUCGCUGUAGCUGUUGCAAUGCACGAAAAUCAAGUGUUUACACGUUGUCUUUGUUGACACCUGGUAAAGAUAAUGACUGUCCGACGGAUGAAUACUCGCAUCCAAUUCAAAUGAGACUUACCAAUGCUGACUGUGAUGUAUGGUUGAGUAAUGAUAAGUAUAUACAACUCCUGAUGGAUAAUAUAGUUGAUGGUAUAGAGUCUGGUUGUCAUUGUGGAUUUUCUUCUCUCUAUUUACAAGAUUCUGAGAUAAUAUGCGGCAGUGUUGUAUAUGAUGCCAACCUAAUCGCAAUGAAUGAAGUGCAACUGACAUAUCUACUUGCUAACUACACUAAAUACAUCACAGAGACAAAAUAUAUCAAGAUUUUUAACAAGACUCACACUGUUGACAAUAAAUGCGUCUUUGACUGCGUAUUGGAUUGGCAUGAAGUCACCCAAGAUGAAACAGGUUUAUCAACUGGUGUCAUCGUUGCUAUGGUAAUUGGUGCUUUAGUAGCAGUUGUUCUUGUUAUUUUGAUAAUUGGAUUUUCAAUUAGUAGACAAAGAAAAACUGGUUCUGGUGAUAUGUUUGCUUCUACAUUUCAUAUAUCCAAUGCAUGUGAGUUAGGCGACAUGGGAGAAGAGAAUGUGCUCGGUAUACAUAAUCCUCUGUAUGGCUUGACGAAACAAUCACCAAUUACAAUCACGGAUGCAGACACCUGAAUUAUUCAUAAAAUUACCAUAUUGGUUUCAGAUAUGAUUAGACAGGAAAUCUUCAUCAGAUUUGGACAUUGAUUGCACUUUUUUAAUUAUUUCACCAGGUAUACUUUUCUUUGUGUGUGCAAUAACAUUUACUGUAUUACUGCCAGGUUUAGUAUAACAAUACAUACUUUUAUAUUGUGUUGUUUGAAUAGAUUGUGAUCUGAUCACUUCCAUUUGUAUUUCAAUUUGAUAAUUUAUCUCAACGUUUGUAAUAAGCAAACAGAUCAUUUCACUAAAUAAAUAUGUUUAUAGGCUACAUCUCUCAAUAAUUGUAUAUAAUGUGCCACUAGAGGGCACUGUGUAUAAUAAUGUAUUUUUAUUCUUGUGACAUGAAAACAAUAAUACAUAUGUUUGUCAAAUCUAUCAAAAUAUGCAAAUAAGGAUGUAGUGCAAGUGCCUUGUUAAUAAUAGCUAUUUAUGUGUACAUUAAACUUAUAAAUUUUUAAUAGACUUGUUGAUGGUCUUGAUAUCGUGUAUUAAAAUUAAAGUGACAGUAAUGUAAAAACAUUUUAAUAUAUAGUGUAUUUAUUUUUGAAAGGGGAGUAAAGAAGGAGCAAAGUUUUGACAUACCUUUUACUUACAGAGUGUAAACCAUGGCAUGUAUAACCAUGUAUAUUUUAUAUUUAUAGAUUUACAGUCUGUUAUGUGUGAAUAAAUGGGAUUUUGUGAACCUUAACUAGUAUUUCGAAAUAUACUUUUUUUUUCUUUUUAAAUUUGAGGGAUUCAAUUUCUAGUGAGAGAUUCUGUUUGAGAAUAUUUUGCAUGGAUUGACGCAAUCUGUACAUUUGUUUUUGUCGAGAGGACAGGUGGUUGUCGUUCGUUCGUUCGUUCGUUCGUUUGUUCGUUCGUUUGUUCGUUCGUUUGUUCGUUCGUUCGUUUGUUCGUUUGUUCGUUCGUUCGUUCGUUUGUUCGUUUGUUCGUUCGUUUGUUCGUUCGUUCGUUUGUUCGUUCGUUCGUUUGUUUGUUUGUUUGUUUGUUUGUUUGUUUGUUUGUUCGUUUGUUUGUUUGUUCGUUUGUUUGUUCGUUCGUUCGUUCGUUCGUUUGUGCUGCUAAAGGUCCCUAUAUAGUUCUAUCUACCUGAACAACAUGUAGCUGUUCAUAAUUACCGACUUUUUAAAGUAUACUCGGGGGGGGGGGGCGGUGGGGUGGGUUUGUAUUUCACUCAAGAUGAAUUUGUUCUACGUAUUACUAUUUAUAGUAUUAUUUUUCUGUAUAUUUAUGGUGUAUUUGUGAGAAUUGUAAAUAAUCAACUGUAAAUUGUGCUUUUUUACAAACUUCUGAUAAUUUUACAAACAUUUUUACAGUAAAUUUAGUAAAAAAAGGUAUAUAAUAAUACAUGUACGUAAAGUAUGGCUCAUCUACCCCUAGGAAUGUACGUCUUUUUAAUCCAGUAGAAAAUAAAGUGAGAGUUAAUCCU